GGAGGCGGCGGAGGCGGAAGCAGCGGCCGCGGAGGGCGUCUUGCCGGACUCGCCGCCGGCUCCCGGGAGAGGCGACGGGGACGGGCUUGUGGGGCGCGGCGCUUGGUGCGUUCUCGGCGUCGUGAUUCGCCUCCCGUGUCGCCCGCGACCGGCGCCCCCAUGAGCAGCGAGUCGGCCGCCUCUGCGCCCGCAGGCAUGGCAUCUUAUACCUGCAUUGCUUGCCGUGUGGCUUUCAAAGAUGCUGAUGUCCAACGUGCCCACUACAAGACCGACUGGCACAGGUAUAACUUGAAGCGGAAGGUUGCGGAUAUGCCUCCAGUCACAGCUGAGAACUUCCAGGAGAGGGUUCUGGCCCAAAGAGCAGGGCUGGAGGAGCAGAACAAGGCCACUGCCACUUACUGCACGGCUUGCAGCAAGCGGUUUUCCAACUUCAAUGCCUACGAGAACCACCUGAAGUCCAAGAAGCACUUGGAGCUCGAAAAGAAAGCCGUCCAAGCAGUCAGCAAAAAGGUGGAGCUCAUGAAUGAGAAGAACCUCGAGAAAGGACUGACUCAAGAGAAUGUUGACAAGGAUGCCAUGAACGCUGCUAUCCAGCAGGCCAUCAAAGCCCAGCCGUCAUCCUCACCGAAGAAGACUUCUGGGUUGGCUAGCAACACUGCUGGCUCUCCAGUCGCUGCAGAAAGCAGCAGCUCGCAACAGAACAGAGAGCGUGCGGAGAAGCCUCCACGGGUUCAUUGGUUUGAACAGCAGGUCAAGAAGCUGGCAAGGGAGUCUGAGGAUGAAGGGCAGGAGGAGGAGGAGGACAUGGAGGAAGGCUGGGAAGAUGUCAAUUCGGAUGAAGACGUAGAAUCUGAAGAAGAGCAGAUGGAAGGAAAUGACAAGGAAGUCGAAGAGAGUGCGGCUGGACAAAGCCAUCUCAGCGCUGAUGCGAUCCCAGUGACAAACUGCUUGUUCUGCUCCCACCACUCCAGUUCCCUCAUGAAAAACGUGGCCCAUAUGACAAAGGACCACAGUUUCUUUAUUCCAGAUAUAGAGUAUCUUGUGGAUCUCAGAGGGCUGAUUAAGUACUUAGGAGAGAAGGUUGGGAUCGGCAAGGUCUGCCUCUGGUGCAACGAGAAGGGGAAGUCCUUCUACACCACAGAGUCUGUGCAGGCGCAUAUGAAUGACAAAAGCCAUUGCAAGCUCUUCACUGAAGGAGAUGCUGCCCUGGAGUUUGCAGACUUCUAUGAUUUCAGGAGUAGCUACCCUGAUUAUCAGGAAGGAGAGGAUGCGGAAAUGUCUAAAGAACUGCCAUCAGAGAAGAACAUAGAGUAUGAUGAUGAAUCUAUGGAGUUAAUUUUACCAUCCGGUGCCAGGAUCGGUCACCGUUCCUUGAUGAGAUACUACAAACAGAGGUUUGGUUCCUCACGAGCAUUGGCUGUUGGUAAAAACAAACAGACAGUGGGCAGAGUAUUGCAGCAGUAUAAAGCCCUCGGCUGGACUGGCAGCACAGGUGCAGCGCUGGUUCGUGAGCGUGACAUGCAGUACCUUCAGCGGAUGAAAGCGAAAUGGAUGCUAAAGACCAGCUUACAGAACAACGCUACGAAACAGAUGCACUUCCGCAUGCAAGUCAGGUUCUGAGGAGCUGUCAAGACCGAUAUGCAUGGAAAAACAAAAAUCUCAUUCUUGAGGCAAUAAAACAGAGGAAGCUCCAAUCGUUGAUUACUGUGGCACUGAAAUGGAAGCUAGCGUCUUAACAGCAGCUCUUCAUUUGCUGCUAGCUCAGAAACCUUUCCCAAGACUUUCUAGAGUCCCAUACAACUCUGCCUAUCAGGUUUCAACUCAGUACAGCCUGUAAGGAAAUGUUAAUGUUGCUGAUUAAUCCUGAUAAUAAAUCCCAAGUAUAUAUCCUGUGCA